UCACUUUAGUUGGUUCCAUUCUGUCAUCAAGACUUUGACUUUUUUUCCUCUCUCCAUAAGGUAAUAUAUUAAUUUCAACUUUGUAUUUCUAUGAAAAGAUUUGAGUGAGAAUAGUCAGAGUUUUUGUAGUUGUUGUUGUUGUUGUUGUUGUUGUAAAUAGACAUCUUCCCAAACAUUCAUUUCCUUCAUCAAUAUGAGACAGUUUCAGAACUUGGAAUUGGACAACAUAAGUUGUUGCUGUUAAUGUGAAAGCUUUCUCGGAUAAUCUCCAAACGUGCCUGUUAAUAGUUAUGACUUUGUUUGUAUAGGUAUUUACAAUCAUCAAUGGUUUGUCGUCGACGUGGGGGAUUUUGACUCUUUACUUUACAAACUAUUGAUGCUUGUAAACAUCUACAAAUGAAAUAGUCAACUGUAUGUUGCCUGGUGAAAAUAUAUUGCAAUAUCCUUAAAAUAGGUAAUUAUAAUAACUAUAUGUAUACAAUUUUAUUCUAAUUACAUUUGAAUGGAAUAGCCUCAGGUCCGAAGACUCCCACAGCAGGUCAACUUGUUUGUGUGUGUGUGGGGGGGGGGGUCGUGGAGGUGUCUGGGAGGGAGAUCAUUGAGCCCAUCCUCAGAAAACUUUUGAUAAAUUCAAAAUGCAAGGAUACAUUUUGACACAUACCUGAAUUUAGUUUUGCAUCAUUCUUCAUUAAAUAUGAGAGCACCAUUGAUUAAUGCUUAACCCAUGUCUGGAUAACCUACAACAUACUUUUUAUCUGGAUAUUUAUGCAUGAUUGUAUUAUUUCAGAAAGUAUAAUGUAUAGAUCGUUAAAAUUAGGCAAAGCAUGUGUUGGUAGGUAGUGGAAACCUUUGGAGUAAUGUUUUCUUCGAUCACACGUUAGAAAAUAACACAAGCUGGUCAACGUAAAAUCAUUAUUGAUACGGCAAUCUCCGUGGUUACAUUAAUUUUUCAAUUAGCUCUACAACGGCUUUAUCAGGUGGACCAAAUAUGUAAUGAACUAUUUAUCAAAUAGAUGACUUUAGAGAAGCAUUGGGUAAGAAAUCAAAUGAUUGCAGACAUUAUAUGACGUAGUAAGUUGAAGAUAAUCUGGGGUAUCCAACUUGUCUGGUCUGAAAGGACAUCCAACUUGUCUUUGACAGGCUGUUGUCUGGUCUGACAGGGUAUCCAACUUGUCUUUGACAGGAUGUUGUCUGGUCUGACAGGGUAUACAACUUGUCUUUGACAGGUUGUUGUCUAGCCUGAUAGGGUAUUCAACUUGUCUUUGGCCGGGUAUUUUUGGUCUGUCAGGGUAUUCAACCUGUCUUUUACAGGGUUUUGUCUGCUCUGACCGGGUAUCCAACUUGUCUGGUCUGAGAUGGGAGCAGGAGCAAGCAUAUGUGGAAGUACGCAUGUGCAGCCGGACACAGGACGCUGGGUGCAGCCGACCGAUCGGAGAGACUCUAACGUUAAUGUUAUCAUAGGUAGGACUCUUUGUUUUUGUUAUCAUAGGUAGGACUCUUUGCUUUUGUUAUCAUAGGUAGGACUCUUUGUUUUGUUAUCAUAGGUAGGAAUCUUUGCUUUUGUUAUCAUAGGUAGGACUCUUUGUUUUUGUUAUCAUAGGUAGGAAUCUUUGCUUUUGUUAUCAUAGGUAGGGCUAUUUUUUUUAAAAAACCUUUAUUGAAAUAUCAUAUCAUAGACAUCUUAUUCCAUAAAUCUUAUGACCAUCUUAUGACCAUCUUAUGACCAUCUUAUGACCAUCUUAUGACCAUCUUAUGACCAUCUUAUGACCAUCUUAUGACCAUCUUAUGACCAUCUUAUGACCAUCUUAUGACCAUCUUAUGACCAUCUUAUGACCAUCUUAUGACCAUCUUAUGACCAUCUUAUGACCAUCUUAUGACCAUCUUAUGACCAUCUUAUGACCAUCUUAUGACCAUCUUAUGACCAUCUUAUCACCAUCUUAUGAUCACCCUCAAUACCGAGAAAAUCUAAAGUCUGACAAAUGUAUUAUUUUUAUCAUAUCCGGUGCCGGCCUUUAAAAAAAAAUUGAUUGUGCCACCCGUGACCAUAACCUCUGAACAGAUUUCUAUUUUGACUUGCUAUAAGUAACUAAAUGUGCUAGUCAUCUUGAAGCAUGAAUCCAAAGAAAACAUAUGUGCAAUGUGUUCUUUAGGAAAUGACAUCAGUGGGUCGUCGAGCUGACGCUAUCAAUGCCCUACCCAAAGCAUCCCAAUUUGGCCCGUUGGGGGACUCCCCCUCGAUAGAAAACCCUCCACCCGCUGCUUCACUCGGCUGACUAGGCCAGUGGUCGGAAAACUCAUUGGUGAAAAGAGCCAAAAAAUCAGCAGAGGUGCGAUUAAAAUUUGUUUGAGAGCCAAAUUUUCUUUCAAAAAUCUGUGAAGAACCAUGAUUAUCAGAGUCAACCCCCGCAGGGUCAUCGACUGGCCGAGCCGCACUCAGGUCGCUAACGAGCCGCAUGCAGCCCGCGAGCGACGAUUUGCCGACCACUGGACUAGGCAAGCCGGGUUCAGCCCAACCAAAGCGCCGUGGGUUUAAAGCGCUAACAAACGUCUUUCCUAAUGGUUGGUAUGGAAGCAUUAACAUUCUAAUAUCUUCCACCCCCCCCCCCCACACCCACACCGACGAGGCGUCAGACACCCUCUAAUAGAGUUUCUACAUUGGGUUGCCUACGCACAGCCUCGCCUCCACAUGGCCGUAUAAUAGAAUCAUUGGCACGAGACUUUCAGGACCUGUCACAUAUUCGUUAACGGCCACGAGAUAAUCAUGACCCCUUACCCUGUUUCUACCUAUAUUUCAAGUGCAGACCGUGCCACGGUUGGCUAAGGCUUCAGUUUGCAUUGCAGUUGCUUCAUUUUGGUACAAACAAUGCAUGCCCUCUGACUGCCCACGCAUGUCCACCCACGGUGGUGAUGUCCCCUGAGUAGCGCCACUUCAUCGGCCAUUCCACUACAGACUACAGACAUGUCGACGUGCAGAUCAACGGGGGGACGGACAGAAAUGCGUAAUGAACCUUCUUUAUUAAUGUAUAUCUGUAUAUUUAUAUAAUAUAUUUAUUGUCUAAAUUGACUUAAACUCAAACUCUUAAACUGGUAUGUUUAUGACAGUGUUAAGUAUUUUUAUAUUCAAUUGUUGUUUUUAAGAUGCACAAGGAAUACUUGCUCUCUCGGUUACCGAAAAAAAAAAUGUAUUAAAUUUAUAAAAUUGUAAGAGUAUCUAUUAAUUAACCGUCUGUCAGCAAAAUGCUGAACUACUUCUGUCAUAGCAAAACUAUUCUGUGUUCGUUCUUUUCAUGGAUACUGUAUCUUAAAACAACGAAAGAAUGAAGUCAUGUUUUUAUUAAAUUUUUUCUUUUUACUGGCAUUUGCAUCUUGUCCAGCGUAUUAUGUUUACACACGUCACUGAGCGAGCUCUCUCGUUUCAUCGUCUGUCCAUUGACCAUUCACCGCCGAUUGAAGUGUUCAGUAACUUUCGUAAGUGACCGGAGGACUAUAUUUAUCUAAAUUCUGAGAAAUAAAGCUUUCCAUUGAUACCAAGUACGAUGUGGCCGGGCGAUUCUAAGUAAUUGGAUCGAAUCGGUGAACAUUAAAAACAUUUAAAACAUGAGUUUUCACCCAUUUAUAUGGUUAACAAUAUAUUUUACAAAAUGUUCUAAUAUCUUUUAAUAUUUAAUUUAGAUUUUAAAAAAAAAAAAAAAAGAUUUAGAAAACCAAAUAUAUCACAACCCAAAAAUAUUCAAAAUGAAUAUUUUCUCCGAUUCGUCACUACCACCGCACCUUACAAUUAGAGCACGACUGUCAUACAGCACAAGGUCGAUUACAUGCUGUCUGUAAUUUCACGUUUAUCUGCUACCUUUACCUUUGUGCUGAUCUACUUGAGGAAGGUUAUCUUACACAGCAGUAGGCCUACCGGUAUUUGCAGAUUAAAGGCUUUACUCUUGACAAAGUGGUGACCAAUAUAAAGACCUUAAGAUUGUUUCUGUAUGAGAAGCGCUGUCACUUGAUGGAACAUACUGUUGAAAAGGCACUUUUAACACCAGACCCAUAUGGAAUUUCGAUAGAAAGAAAAGUUUAAUGAAGAGAAUGGCAAGAGAACAAUUAAUAGAUGAACUCUCUCUACAAGAAAAAAAAGGUAGAGAUGCUGGAAUCUAUUGAUCGCUUCAAUUCUGAUCGCCAGAUCAGAUCGUCAGGGAAGUGGCAGAUAUAUAAUUUGGGGAUUUUCAGCCCAAGAUUCUACUAUCAAGUGAAGAAGAGUUAUUGGUGUCCGUUUCAAAAUAAACCUCUUUCUAUGAUGAGUUAUCAGAAGAUGAACUUUUAAAAGAACUACCAAGGCGUCCAAGGCUUGUAAGACACCUAAAGGCAGCUGAUAUUCACAAAUUCACGUACUGGUCAGUAGGCCUAUUUGAUGUUUUGAAAUUCAUAGCUGAAUGGGACUUCCUAGAAUCUCUUCCAGUACUCUCGCUAAGCCUUAAAUUGGUUGUUACUAUCUGUUCCUAUUUCACCUAUUGCAAAUAGCAGGCAUUCGCCUAUAUCCCCUACACCUCAAAGCCAGUCAUUCGCCUAUAUCACCUACACGUAAAGCCAGGCAUUCGCCUAUAUCCCCUACACCUCAAAGCCAGUCAUUCGCCUAUAUCACCUACACGUAAAGCCAGGCAUUCGCCUAUAUCCCCUACACCUCAAAGCCAGUCAUUCGCCUAUAUCACCUACACGUAAAGCCAGGCAUUCGCCUAUAUCCCCUACACCUCAAAGCCAGUCAUUCGCCUAUAUCACCUACACGUAAAGCCAGGCAUUCGCCUAUAUCCCCUACACCUCAAAGCCAGUCAUUCGCCUAUAUCACCUACACGUAAAGCCAGUCAUUCGCCUAUAUGGCCUACAGGUAAAGUAAAACCAUUAAAAUUAAAUUAAGGCAACAAAAUACUGAAUUCCUUUUAUAAUGAAAUGUAAAACCUUCUAAUUUAUUGUUCUUUCAGAUCCUGACCCCAAGACGACCUUGACAGCAGUAUCGGUGGAACUGAACAUCAAAGAUAACUCCGAGCUCCACCACACCAACAAAUACGCCUUCUCUAUCGCAAAAACCAAACUUAUUGUCAGGAGAGGUCAGCCAUUUGUCAUUGAUGUGGAGUUUUCAAAAGAUUUCAAUGAAAAGUCGGAUGGCUUAAAAAUUAUUUUUGAGACUGGUAUGUUUUACAUUUACACACUUCAUUUUUGGCUAGAACUUAGUGUAGUAGAAGAUUGACUUUUAAUGUAGUCUUUGUAAAAUAAGUAUAUAAUGAUUUCAGUAGCCUACUUUUAAACCUUCGAGAAAGGCAGAUAUGAUUUUUCUUAAAUUGUUUAUUUUAGAUUUCAGCAAAACUCAUAAUUUACAAGCAAAGAAAAAAAAAAAACAGUUCAAAACCAAACAAUUUCCUUAAUACUUAAUUUAAUCUUAAAACAAUUUUUAAGAAAUGAAAUUGUCAUGAUACUAUAACUAACAAGAUCUUAUCUAUUCAAUGCAGGCAAGAAACCACUAGCAACUAAAGGAACAAGUGUCGAAAUUACACCAGACGAUGAAGAUGGGACCAAAGAAUGGAAAGCGUCAAUAAAGUCUAAAAAAGUAGGCAUACACUUUAAAGAUUUAUUGAGGUUAUAAACUUUCUGGAUUUUUUUUAUUCCAAGUGACGAUUUUCUCACAGAUUGUCUGUGUAUGUUAACAUGUAACUUAUAUUAUUUAGAUAAAUAUUAAAUUUUGACAGCCUGUUAAAUCAUUUAAAAAAUAAGUGUUAUGAUUAUUGCUACAUUUUUUUUUAUAGGACAAGGCUUUGAAAGUUUCCAUCACAGCACCACCAUCUUGUUUUAUUGGAAAAUGGAAUGUAAAGAUAGAUGUUGUCAGAGACUCCAACAUCUACAGACUGGAGCUUGCAGAUCCAAUCUAUGUCAUCUUUAACCCAUGGUGUAAAGGUAAUUCAACAUUUACUGCAGGAAAUAGGUUAUUUUAGAUGUAAAAACUUCCCAAUCACAGUAACUAAAAAGUCUAAUUGUUCAAAUUAGAAAAAAAAAUAUUAGAAGUCAAAGUUUAGUAAAUUUUUGGCGAAAUGGUAUUUUUCAAACGAAUUGCCUUCAAAGUAAUUUAUUGAUUACAUAAAUUCUUCUCGUAUGAAAUUUUUUUAAAUGUGACUUUUCUCAUUCAAAUUAUCGAAAAUAUCCACUUUUGUCUUCCUUUGAUUCAGAAUUCAUAAAAUGUCAUUCUUUUGUUACAAGAAAUUAUCAAGUGAUCUUCUAAAGACGUCCAGACAUUUAAAUUGAUUGCCAUCUACCCUAUAAUAAUGACAUGUCACACUAUUGCUAUGUCCAAUAUGAUUGAUCUGUCCCCAUAUUAUUGGCUUCUCCCCAUAACAUUUGUGUAUUUCUUCAAGAUGACACUGUGUACAUGGCUGACGCUAACCUCCUCAAGGAAUAUGUGCUCAAUGAGACAGGACAAAUCUAUUAUGGAAGUCAAAGUGCUGUAGCUCCAAGACCCUGGAACUUUGGCCAGGUAAGCAAUGUCUCCCAAGAUCAAAUCAACACUGUUCCCGUGAUAUUUUAAAUGCUAUUAUCUUGUGGUAUAUUGAUUGUCCAUAAACAUUUUUUUAACCACAGGCUAUUUUAAGACUCCUACAGUGUCCUAAAUCCCUAUGUUUGAUGUCAUAAAGCCAUAUAUUUGAUGUCAUAAAGCCAUAUUUCUAAAGUUUUACAGCCAUAUGUUUAAAAUGAUUAUGGUUUUGUGGUACAUACAGCUUCAUACAGUAUUCAUUGUUUAUUAUAAAAUGUUAACCUUCUCAACGGAAAGUUGAGAAACAAAUUACCGUAAUAAAAAGUUAAAUAUUUACUGGCAAUUUCAAAAUCUUUUCUCUCUUUCACUUUCAUUAUAAAAGAAAAUAAAUCUUUGUAAUAUACGGAACCAGUUAAAAAAAAAAUUUUGUUUUAUUUCUUUUAUUAGAUUCUGAUUUUGACAUAGUAAUUGGUCUUUUAUUUAUAAUUUUAUCCCACAGUUUGAAUCUUGUGUUCUAGAAGUGGCAAUCUACCUUUUGGACAGCUCCGAGCUCAAAUGGCCUGUUAGAGGGAGCCCUGUAUCUGUAGUGAGAAAAAUCUCUGCAUUGGUGAGCUCACUAUGAAGCUUAAAUUUAGAUAAUCUCUAUGGUUAAGUACUGUGCAUGAUAUACAAUAUAUUCUAGGGUGUGGAGAUGACUCUGCUAGUUUGUUUUAAAAACAAUUAAAUUUUGAUUUAAAGUUUGAUGAAUAUUGUAUUUAAAGGGGUUUUGCAGAUAGUACCUACAAAUUUUAAAGAAAACCAUUUUUCUAAAUGUAUUAAAUUGCCUGAAAUGUAACUUACAGGUAAUGUAAGAAAUGUCUACUAAUACUGAAGCUUAUGGAAUUUCUUACUUGUUAUCUAGCAAAAUUUCACCAUUUCUAAGCCUUGUUCCAAGGAUAAAUUUUGCUCAAAUUAAAGGAAACUUUAAUAAUUUUAUUUCUAUACUACUGUAUAUUAAGGUGAAUUCAGCUGAUGACAGUGGUGUGUUAACUGGCAACUGGUCAGGUGAUUACUCAGAUGGACGGUCUCCCUUAUCUUGGACAGGCUCAGCUGCCAUUCUAGAGGAAUUUUGGAAAAGCAAACGUCCAGUGAAAUAUGGCCAAUGUUGGGUUUUCUCUGGGUUAUCUACCACCAGUAAGAGUACAUUUAAACUUUCUUUGAACCACAAAAAAAACAUUGAACGCACUUAAAAAUGAAAAUUCUUGUGCACAUUGCAGUAGAUUUGUAUAAUAUUUUCCAAACCACUGUCUAACCUCUGCUCAAUUUGGUAUGUCACAGUCUGUCGUACACUUGGGAUUCCAGCACGAAGUGUUUCCAACUUCCAGUCUGCCCAUGAUUCAGAUGGUUCCAUCACCAUCGACUUCCACUACACCAGUAAAGGGGAACUUGAUGAUUCAGUCAAAAAUGACUCCAUCUGGUAGUUAUUUAAGUAUGGUAAACUAGACAUAAUUUAUGCAGUGUAGUUGUAACCGGUAUGGUAACUAGACAUAAUUUAUGCGGUGUAUUUGUAACCCACAAUAAUGGAACCUUAGUUUUAGACUAGAAACUAAAAAUGUUACGCAUCAUUGGUUAAGCCAAAGGAUGGCUUGAUCAUGUCCAGUGACAGAUACAUUCCAUUGGGAAUUUUUGUCUGUAUUCCAACUGUAAAUCUUCCAUGAAACAAACGCUGUGAAACAAAUUUUAAGGAACCUUAAAAGCCACCUUAGAUUUCAUUUGUUGGCCUCCUGUCGGAUUUUUCCUGUAUCCAGUUGCUACCCCCGAGAUAUAUCUCCCAUCAUAUUCCCACCAUUUUAAAACAUCUUGAACUUGUCACGUUCACAUUCCCCAGGAACUUCCAUGUGUGGAAUGAGGCCUGGAUGUCACGACCUGAACUCACAUCUGGUUAUGGUGGCUGGCAGGCAUUUGAUGCAACACCUCAGGAAACUUCAGAAGGUGCAAAGCAGUCAGAGGCUGAUAUUUUGAUAUAUAUAAAAAAAGUAGUGAAGAGUUCUGUCAUUGGAUUAUGUUGAGCUUUGCUGUUUCUAGUUUUUUCUUACAACUUUAAAAAUUGACCUUUUCAAUAACCAAAAUUUUGAAUCAGAUCUCUAACAUAAAUGGUAAGAAAGGGCUGGGGCGAUUAUAUUCAAUCCAGAAGGUGCCCAGCUGACAAAUGCUGUGACUCUUCUAAAAGUGAUGAUUGAUAAGUGUGACUUAUUUCAUUAAAUGCUCCAGAUGUCUAGAACACGUGUAUGCUAAUUCAUCCUUUUAUUAAUGUUUCUAAUGACAUAUUUAAUGACAUAUCUGUCAUAUUUAAUGACAUAUUUGCUUGAUAUUUCCUUCCAGGUGUUUACUGCUGUGGACCUGUUCCAGUGGCUGCUAUUAAGCUGGGAGAAGUUACAUUGCCUUAUGAUGGCCCAUUUGUGUUUGCUGAAGUAAAUGCUGACCGUGUGCAUUGGAAGAAAAACAAAUUGGGCCAAUGGGAGUGUAUCAGUAUAGACAAAAAUGCGUAGGUUUUUUACUUGACUACAGGCAUAUCUCUUGUUGUAAAGAAUUCAUAAUUUUAAAAAAUAUUAACUGAUGAGAAAAAUUGCAGCAAAAUAUCAAUCAGUAAUUCACUUAUUUAGAUUGUAGAGGACAAUGUUAAAAUAAAAAAGCUUAUUGGAACAAACAGUUUGUAAUCUCCCCUCCCCCAGAAACACACACCCACACACACACACACACCUUCACAGCCAAAUCAACCUACGUCUAUCUUGCUUUGAUACUAAGGAAUCCCUGGGUUAAUUAUAGAAUUUGUCACUUUAAUUUAUUUCAUGGAUAUUCAAAGGGUGGCAGGUGAAAUUACUUUGUUAGCCUUUGACAUAUAUUUCAUGGAUAUUCAAAGGGUGGCAGGUGAGAUUACUUUGUUAGCCUUUGACAUAUAAUAAUGAGAUGACCUUCCAAUCAAUAAUGAAUAAUUAUUUAUGAAGUAUUAUUGAUUUUGACAAAUUAGCAGGGUUAUGGUAUUAUCUUGACUUUCAGUAUUGCAAUCUCAAGAAUCAGUCAUAGAAUAUUAUUAUAUAUAACUUUUAUUUUAUUGGACCUUCAAAGUGUUGGUAAAAAGAUGAGUACAAAGGCAGCUAACUCCAAUGAAAGAGAAGAUGUAACAAGUAAUUAUAAACCAGAAGAGGGUGAGUUUGAUUAUAUAUUUAUAGGCUUGUCAUCAUUUCAGUGUAUUUUCAAUCAUCAAAUCAUGUCAAUGUUAUCUUAGACGUUAGACACAUCUCUAGUGGGUAUUUGUUUUGUCAAAUAGUUAUUGUGACUGCAUCGCCAACAUGUGAUGUCAGUUGUGUCACAAAAGAAUAGGGGAGAAAUGUUGCAUAGCUGUGGUGGGUUUUUUUCCUGUUUGGUUUUUAAAUUUUACUUCCACCCACUUCCUCUCCAUUGUACUUAGCUUGUUUUUUAUCAGGGUUUUGUACCCAUUCUUAUUCUAUUCUUUCAUUUUUAGGUAGGAUAUAUAUAAAUAUUAUGUAAAUUUAAUUUAUAGGCCCUACUUAUAUUAUGAAUUUAAAAAAAAAAAAAUUAUUUGUUGUGCCGAUGAAGGCAUUUGCCAAAACGUUUGCAUUUGUAUUCUGUAUAAUCAUGAUUAAAGCUUAACAUGUAUUGUUUUAUUGACACAAAUUGUGUAUGAUUAAUCCAGAUAAAAAUAAAAAUGACAAAAUACAAGUUUUUUCUUAAUGAAAACUUAAUCUUGACUACUUCUCUCAGGAUCUGCAGAGGAAAGAGCAGCUGUUCUUAGAGCGAACCAAACAGGUUCAAAUAGAAAAGAUAUUUACAAGCAAAAACCCGGUGUAUGUUACAUUAGUAAAAUAUCAACACUUUGCCAUCAAUCAUUACAGAUUUUAUAUUUAAUUUUAAUUAAAUUUGACUUAUUUGGUCUUUUGUAUUUUAAGAUUUAAAUCAACAAUAUUGCUAGUCUAGAUGCAUAAUAUUAUUAGUCUUGCAUUUAUAAAAUGUUAAAUAAUUUGUUUGUUACAAUAAACUGACAUUGUUUUAUAAAAUUAUGAUACAUUUCUGAUAGUCUGCUCAUUAAAAAUUACUAGUUAAAUAUAGACACUAUAAAAAUCUAAUACGGGUCAUCUUCUCUAGGAUGUUGAUUUCAAUCUGGUUCAAGAUAGGAAGGAGACACUCGUAGGUGACAACUUUCAACUGAAACUCAAGAUGAGCAAUAAAACUUCUAACAAAAGGACAGUCAGUGGCAGAAUGGAAGUCAGGACAAUGUACUACACUGGUGUGUUGGCCGACCUGGUCAAAUCUGUGGUAUUCACCGACGUUGAUGUUAGCUCUAACCCAGGUAAGAUAGGUUUGUGUUAGAUAAAUGAGUGACCCAGCAUGUGAACUUGAUAAUAUCAGUUUGAUUUUCCUGACUAUCUCAAAAUAUCUGCCUGUUUUGUUAUACGUUUUAAAAAAAUGGUCAUUAUACAAUGUUAAGGUAGUUACGCAAAAAUUUCAUAAAUUGGUUAUGUCAGCUCUGUUGUGGAUUUGAACAUGGAAUAUGAGUGUGAUCAGAAUGUUGAAAAAAAAUAAGACAAGACCAAAUGCAGAGAGCUAAAACAAAGACAAACACACAAUUUUAUAAAUGUUAUUGCCUAAAAUUAAGUUUUAUAGUGAAGUAUUUUAUGCCUAUAAACUUUUCAAAGUUCAAAAAAUCAGUUGCAAUAAGAUUUUUUAAAAUACAUAGCUUUAAAUAGAAAUGAAGCACAUUAUUAUAAUUAUUUUGUAUGAGCUUAUUUAGUAAGGAUGAAUUGAGUUGGUAAAAUUAGUAAUAAACAUUGCAAAGAUCAAUUUGUUAGAUGUCAGUUUGUUUUAUGUCAAUUUGUUUGAUAUCAGUUUGUCUGAGGCUCAAAGUGUUAAAAAAUCCAGCCUCCCAAUGUAUUGCAAACCUGGAUUUAAAAUGAUUAAGAUUUUCUUGUCUAACAAUUCCUCUUUAUCCAAAGAAAUUGAGAUUGAAGCAAAAGAAGGAGACUACUCUGCUAAACUUAGAGACUGUUGUAUGCUGGAUGUCACCAUCUGGGCUGUGGUCAAAGAAACUGAGCAAUAUUUUGUUAAAAAGGAGGACUUUAGACUACUCAAACCAAAUCUUGCCAUUAAGGUAACACAGAUGUAUGUAGAGUUAACUUAUUUCUGAAAUAAUAUCAACAUAAUGUUCAUUUAUUAGCUCCAUGAAAAUGUCAAACUCAGAAGCACUGAAAAGCAUUUUCAUUUAACAAAAUAUCUUAUGCCGUUUGGUGCAUAUUCUACCUCAAUUUCUGUACAUUGUCUUUAAGGCUCCUUCUAGUGUCAAACUGGGUGAAGAAUUUGAUGCUGAGGUUUCCUUCACCAACCCACUGAACCAGCCACUGACAAAAUGUUUCCUUGUAGUAGAUGGUCUGGCACAAUCAAGAGAAAUCUCUCAAAGGUUGGUAUAAAUUGUUGUUUUAUAACUUCAGGAACUUCAUUUCAUGGCUUAAGGUUGAUCCACUGAAAUAAUAUUUGUCAGCCAAGUAACAAGUUGUCAAAUAAUUAAAGUCUCCAUUUGAGAAGAAUUUUUGCCUGAUGUCAACUUCUUGUUCUACUAGAAUGGUUAAGCCAUCAAGUUCUUUCUCACAUUGUAAUACAUCGUACUAAUAUGGAAUCAGCUCAAGUCCUUUUUAUAAUAAAUCUAACUUUAAUAUCUACUUAUAUACAUAGACUAAAUUCCAUACACAUAUGAAUAUAGCGCAGGGCUAUCAGACAGAAAUAAAACACAUCAUACUCCUACAAAGUUCCAUUCACGACUGCCAGACCAAUAAAACUUACUCACAAAACAGACUAGACAAUACCUCAUAUUGAGCAUAAAAAUACAUUCACUAACCAAUAAAACUCUCAAACACACACAGUGCGUAAUGAAACAUAAUAUUCAGUUGCAACAAUUAUUAAUGAACUCCCAUAAUCGACACCUGACAGAUUACAUAAAUGAUAAUAAUAAUAUAGUUAAUUUGAAAAUCAGGCUUCAUCCCCAAAGGCUCGAAGCGCGGUACAGAGUCUAGUAUAUUAAAAGAGAAAUGAAACAAUCUAUAUUAUACCACAUUGAAAUACAAAGUGCAAGAGACUCUAAACCAGCUCAGAAUUGGUUCAUUGCUACUGAUCCAAUAAUAAUUUUGGUUGGUCAGCUUAAGGCUUAAAAGGAAAAAUUUGGGAUAUCUUAUAUAUUUUGAAAUACAUAGAUCAGACACAAAGUAAGUAUGAGGAAUGGUUAUUAUAAAUAAAUAAAUAUAUAUAUAUGGCUGUUACAAAUGUUUCUAUCUUUUUUUCUCUCUUCAAUAGCAAAGUAUCUGCCAAAAGCAACUUUACAGCUAAAAUAACUAUUAAACCUACAAAGAAAGGGAAUUGUCAAUUGAUUGUUAUAUUUAAUUCACAACCAUUGGAGGAUAUUCAUGGAUCACAACAAAUAAAGGUCACUUAAUUCAUGGAUAAACUGCCAUAAUCUUGUCAUUCAUGAUUACAGAUUCUAAAUUUGAUUAUUAACUCAAUUAGCAUAAAACUAAAUACUAGGGCUGACUGGAAACUAAGGUUUACUGGAAACUAAGAAUGACUGGAAAGAUUUUAUUGCAUAUUUUUUUGGUGAUGUGGUCAUACACGCUGUAACUGAUGUUUUACAUUGAAGAGUGUUGUUAACGUUAGACUUUUAAAUGUUCACAAAAUGCUACUUUAAAACUUGUUUGAAAUUUUUCCUUCAUGAAUAUUUAAAAAUUUUUUAAUUUAUUUUGCAGUUUUUAGUUAUAUUUUAAAUAAUUUUAUGAUCAUUCAUGACAGUGCUGCUCUUGAACAUACAUUUCUAAUGGAUUUAAAUAUGUCUAACACAUGUUAGGAACAUUUCGUUUUACAAUCUAAAAAUAUUAAGCAUAUCAUAUGAAAAAAAAACAUACCUUUUUAUAUUAUCCCAAUAUUUAUGUUACUAAUACAACCCAUGCUCAUCACAUUUUAUAAAUAUUUUUUUUCUGUCAUUGAAAACUUUUUAAAAAAAUAAAUUUUCUUUAAAAAUAUAUAAAAUGAUUGCAUUUUUUAAUAUCUUCAGAUAUCUAAUUCAAUAUCUAAUUCAAUCUCUUAAGUAGUGAUAGACUUAUUUUGCUCUAUUAUUGAAUAAUAUGCUCUGAUAUUUAUAUAAUACUGGAAUCAUACAAAAUUCAGCUACUAAGAGUAUAAAGACUGUAAAAUAAAUAACUCAGUAAUGCAAAAAUAAUUUUUUUUAAAUAAAUGUUGAAACUCUUCAAAGAACUUUUAAAAUUUCAUUUGUUGAAAAGUAGUUUUAAAAAGGUUUUGCUAAAUUUCUGCUGUUAUAUUUUAAAAAAUAAAUUAAAAUGAAAGGAAAUGAUUGUUUAAAUACCCCUAGUUGCAGGGAUUUUAUUAGUGCCUUAUGCAAGUGAAUCAAUAACAUUAAUUUGCCUUUUUAAACCUGGUAUUUACAUGCCAACAUUUGUUAAUAAAAAAUUUGAAAAUUUUAAAAAUUGAUGCAACAAUUGCAUGUAUGACGAUGGUCAGUUUGAUGUAACAAUUGCAUGUAUGACAAUGGUCAGUUUGAUGUAACAAUUGCAUGUAUGACGAUGGUCAGUUUGAUGUAACAAUUGCAUGUAUGACGAUGGUCAGUUUGAUGUAACAAUUGCAU